AUGAAUUCUGGCGCCGCAGGGGCAGAGGAACCUCAAACCUCUUUCUUUGCAGAUUCUGAUGAGGACGUCGCUAUGCAGGAUGUCAAGGACUCUGAGCAAGCUGAGCCACUCCAGGAGCCCACUAUCACUAGCAGUAGACCUUCUACACCAACGGCUCCUAAACAAGAAAGGCGGCUCUUCUUCGAGGACAGCGACGACGAUAAUAUUCCGCGCCCUGUGCCACCAACACCUCAGAAGAACGACAUAUCUGCUGAGGCGGCGGUCAUAGGCUCUGAUAGCGACGUGGAAAUACCUUCUCUUGAAUAUGAACCUGGACCAGCAUCCUCAGGGGCAAGCAGCGUACCCUCAUCAAGGGCUUCUUCUCCUCUGCCUGCUGAUAUGCUCAAUGACGACCCUUCAAAUAAGAAACGCCGUAGAUCGCCAUCCAAGCCUAAGGAACCGGGGGCUGCGUUCGAGUCUGCUUACAUUGGAACGUUUCUGGUUGGCAACGCAUGGAGCACUGUGAGAGGCAAAGGAUACAUCAAGGCUGGCGAUCCAAUCCUUGUCGAGAGAGAUAGUCCUGAUGAUGGCAAGCCAUCUUUCAAAAAUGUCACCAAAGUGAAGACGACUCAGUCGACCGACAAGGGCAAGAAGAAGCAGAUGACGCUUUCAUCCAUGCUCAAACCUCAGCCUCAGAACCUUCACAAGAAGAAAGCUGAUACCGUUGUUCGGCUGACAAAUGCUCGAGGAUUCGAGUUCGCACGACUUCCGACAGACAUUGCUACAUGGGUGUCGAAGCUACUUGACUUGGGAAUUGUUGACUUUAAGGGGAGCACAAUGGUUGACUGCCCAGAGACCCUUCGCUCUGGGGCUGAUCUCAUUGUUUCCCUGUCCGUGUACAUACGACACACUGCGUUUAAGGCCGCGAAUAUAAGUCCUAACGAUUCACCAAGAAACUUCUUUAACCAAGCGCAGGAGACUAUCGAAGAGCAAACCUUGCGAGAGCGUAAAGCUGCACUUCUGGCCCUCUUCGACGCUGUUAGCCUUAAUCCCAGACGUGGUGCACAAGCUGGUGCAAGCACGACUGCAAUACCAGAGGACGCUCCGAAAGAUACCAAAGCGUCAAGCAAGAAAAUCAAGAAGGAGGUCGUUGGGGAUGGGGAAGAGAUCGAGGUUGAGGAAGGAGAUGAACUUUCGGACGGUCAACUCGACUUGAUCUACAAAAAGGCACAACGCAACGAUAAAACAAUGGCUGAGAUGGAGCCAGUCGAUACGUUUGAACUAACCUUGCGAGGAUACCAGAAGCAAGCUUUACUGUGGAUGAAUUCGAUGGAAAAUGGCGAAUCGUCCGCAAGAGAGGCCGUAUCAAUGCAUCCUUUGUGGAGCGAGUACUCAUUCCCUGCUGAACCUAUUGAAGGCGUCAUCGACUUGACUCAAGAUGAAAACCCUUUUUACUUCAAUCCUUAUUCUGGCGAAUUGAGCCUCACCUUCCCUAAGGCCGAACAGAAGCUCAAAGGAGGUAUUCUAGCUGACGGUAAGUUGGGUAUGGGCAAGACCAUCAUGCUAUCUGCCCUAAUACACACCAACAAAACCCCUGAGCCUUCCAUCCCCGACGAUGAGCUUCCAGCUCGAAAGAAACAGAUACGACUCGACCGUGCCUUCCGCCCCAAAAAUGAAGGCGAUCACAAGGAUGUCAGAGGGCCGUCCGCGACGCUCAUUGUGGCACCAACGUCACUUUUGACACAAUGGCAGGAAGAACUCGAACGCUCCAGCAAGCCUGGUAGCGUCAGCGUCACUGUAUGGCACGGUCAGAACCGCCUCGACCUCGCUGGCUUCGAUAGCAAAGAUGAAGAGGAAACAACUCUCCCGAUUGUGAUAACCUCCUAUGGAGUCCUUGCCUCUGAGCACUCAAAGUUACAACGUGCUGGCGGUAGCUCACCGAUCUACCAAAUCGAAUGGUUACGUGUCGUUUUGGACGAGGCACAUCACUGUAAGUCAAGGACAUCCAAGACGGCCCGGGCAGUAUAUGAGAUCCGCGCCAGGCGGCGGUGGGCAGUAACUGGAACACCGAUCGUUAACAAACUGGAAGAUCUACAAUCAUUACUGAAAUAUCUCACCUACUCUCCGUGGUCUUCCUACUCACAUUUUCGAUCGUUUAUUACUGUUCCCUUUUUGGCACGGGAUCCCAAAGCUAUCGAGGUCGUUCAGGUCAUCCUAGAGAGCGUCCUUCUCCGGCGUGAAAAGAACAUGCGUGAUAGCGAUGGCAAGCGCAUUGUUGAGCUCCCUGGAAAAGAAGUCACCAUCGAGACGUUGCAGUUUUCGAAUUCGGAGAGAAUGAUCUAUGACUCGAUCUAUGGACACGCGAAGCAAGAUUACGAACGAUUGUAUGCUAAGGGUCUCGUUGGCAAAAACUACACUCACAUCCUGGCCAUGCUGAUGAAGCUCAGGCGAGCGGUGCUCCAUCCGCAUCUAGUUGUUGAUCCUGAUGAACCGGAUGAGAAGGACUCGAAGAAUGGAGUUAUUGACGUCGAUGAAAUUAUGGAAGGCGUUGCAGACAGUUCAUCUUCAGGAAAUGCUUUUGCUGCUGACGUCCUAGCGAAUCUGAAAAACGCGGAAGAGGAAGGGGAGUGUCCGAUAUGUUUGGACAUUAUGGAGUCGCCAACGAUCAUCCCGUCUUGUAUGCAUCGAUGUUGUAAGGAUUGCAUACUUUCAUACUUGGCAUCUAGCGCCGAAAAGAAUGAGCCUACUCGCUGUCCAACAUGUUUGCAAGGGCCAAUCAGGGAGCAAGACCUUAUCGAGGUCAUCCGUACUAAGAACGAAGCUGGCGAAGGAGAUGAGACGUCGAACGCUGACGGACCCUCGAAGGCGCCUGAGGUUGUUCUCAGAAGAAACGACUUCCGGUCCUCGACUAAGCUAGAAGCUCUGAUGCAGAACCUACGUCGUAUUCAAGAUCAGGAUCCACACUUCCGCGCCGUCGUUUUUUCUCAGUUCACGUCGUUCCUCUCGUUUAUCUCUGUUGCGCUUGAGCGCGAAAGACUGACAUGGUACCGCUUUGAUGGAAGCAUGGAUGUUCGCAAACGUAGUGCCGCCAUUGCAGAAUUCAAAAAGCCAGAAAGAAAGCCUAAAGUACUCAUUGUUAGCUUGAAAGCCGGAGGCGUCGGUCUGAAUCUCACUACCGCCAAUCACGUCUUCAUGAUGGAUUGUUGGUGGAACUCUGCCGUUGAGAGUCAAGCCAUUGACCGUGUCCACCGCAUUGGACAAGAGAAAACUGUAUAUGUUAAACACUUCAUCAUUGAUCACACUAUUGAAGGCCGAAUCCUUCAAAUUCAAAAGCGGAAAACAGCAAUAAUCAAAGAAGCCUUCCGAGGAUCAGGAGGAAAGACCGAUUCAGACACGCUUGAAAACCUCAAGCUUAUGUUCGGAGAUGAUUAG